UCGGUUCAGGAAGAGAAAUUAGAGAGCCAGGUUUUACGCCAACAUUUAAAGUUAAAGGACAAGUGUACCAUAGAAUAGGUAGUUUACAGCCACAACCGAAUGAGGAGCCAAAAUUUCUUCAAGUGUAGUGUCGCAACUACAAGAAAUUCUACAUCAGCAUAAUAGUUAUGUUCGAAGUUUUAAAUGUGUAAUGGAAAAAAUCACACCAGAAAUGAAAAUUGUCAUCCAUGCAGAUAAAGUACCCUCCGGUGAACAUGAAAAAAAAUUUAAUGCUCCGACAAUAUCAGAAGUUGCAAUUAUCUUAGCUGGCGAUAAACAUGGCAGUCGUGAUAUUUCGUUAGAGCUGAGGAGUAAUAAAAUAAAAAAGAUAGCGGAAACUCACCGCGCGUAGGAUGCAUUACAAUAUCCAUUAAUAUUUUGGCAAGGUGAGGAUGGAUAUAAGUUUGAGUUGCUACAAACCAAUCUUUCAGGUAAAAAAACUACAAAAAAAAAAUUAGCAAUGGAUUUUUAUGCAUUUAGGAUUAUGUUUAGUGCAUCAAAUUUCAACAUUAUUUUAAGGUGAACUUUUUCAACAAUUUGUUGUAGAUAUGUAUGCUAAAAUUGAAACCGAGCGACUACGAUUUAUACGUUUGUAUUAAAAGAAACUCAGUGUCGAAGAUUAUAUCCAUUUGAGAGAUGCUAUAACUAAUGAUGAUAAUAUAAAACAAAUUGGAAACGAACAAUUUUACCAUCUACUUUCACAGGCAGUCCUCGAUAUAUGCAUGAAAGAACUCAAGAUGCCAUGACAAACGUUAGAAAUUAUGGAAGCCCUCAUUUAUUUAUUACCUUUACAUGCAAUCCACAGUGGAGGGAGAUUACAGCAGAGUUGAUAUCAAGACAAAAAAGCCAUGAUAUGCAUGAUAUAAUAUGUCGAGUAUUCUAUUUGAAACUGAAAUCGCUCAUAAAUCUUAUAAACAAAGGAAAAAUAUUUGGGGAAAUCAGAUGCUUUAUUUAUACAGUUGAAUGGCAGAAGCGUGGACUUCUACAUGCACAUAUUCUUCAGUGGUUUCAGGAAAAUUUUUAUGCUCAUAAGAUUGACGACCUAAUUACUUCUGAAUUGCCAAAUCCUGAAACGGAUCCAAUAUUAUACAACGUUGUUAAGACACAGAUGAUACAUGGGCCCUGUAGGAGCAUUAACCCUCUGUCACCAUGUAUGAAGGAUGGAAAAUGUACAAAAAUGUAUCCAAGAGAUUUUUUAAAAGAAACACAAACAGGUCAUGACGGAUAUCCACUUUAUCGUAGACGGAAACCUCAAGACGGAGGCCAAGUAACAAUAAAGAAAGUUCGUGGCUCUGAGGUUGUGAUAUAUAAUCGAUGGAUUGUUCCUUUUUGUCCAUUGCUAUCAAGAGCAUUCAAUGCACAUAUCAACGUCGAAUACUGCAGUUCCAAAUAUGUGUGCAAAUAUAUAAACAAAGCUUCCGACAUGGCUAUAUUUAAUUUAACAAAUAAUGACAUUCAGUAUGACGAAAUUCAAACGUAUGAAAUAGGAAGAUAUCUCAGCAGCAAUGAAGCAGUUUGGAGGAUAUUGGGGUUUCCUAUUCACGAAAGGCACCCUACUGUUGUUCAUUUAAGUGUGCAUUUUGACAAUGGUCAGAGAGUUUAUUUUACAGAAGAAAAUGUUUUGGAACGAGUGCAAGCUCCACCAGAAACUACUUUAACUGCAUUUUUCUCUUUAUGUCAAAGUGAUGCAUUUGCUCGAUCUUUAUUGUACCAUCAAGUGCCUAAAUAUUAUACUUGAAAUAAAAGGAACAAGAAAUGGGUUCCUAGGAAAUCUGGACAAGCUGUGUCUGAUCACCCAGGAAUUAAAUCAAAUAAUGCUCUUGGUCAUGUCUACACCGUUCACCCAAGUCAUUCGGAAUGUUUCCAUCUAAGAUUAUUGCUUCAUGAGGUUAUAGGUUCAACAUCUUUUUCUAAUUUAAAAACAUUUAAUGAAAUUGUUUGUGAAACUUUCAAACAGGCUUGCGAACUGAGAGGACUUCUGGAAGAUGAUUCUCAUUGGGAAAGUACGUUAGAUGAAGCAGCUACAACGCAUUAAGGGGGAAUGUUGCGAGAUCUAUUUGCAGUUAUUUAUCACACUUCCUGUACAGUUAUGGAAUUUACAUAGAGAAAAUAUGUCAGAAGACAUUUUGCAUAAAACAAGAAUUACAGUUAAUAAUAUGGAUUUAGAUUACAAUGGUGAAAUAUUUAAUAACGCUUUACUUGCUCUUGAAGAUAAAAUUAAAGCAUUGGGAGGUACAGAUUUAAAAGUGUUUGGACUUCCAGAGGUACACCGUGAUAUCAAUAACAGUUUAAAUUAUGAAAUAAUAAGAGAGACAUGUUACAACAUUCAUCAACUAACAUCAUAUAUUGAAACAAAUGUACCUAACCUGACUGACGAUCAAAGACUUGCUUUUGAAAAAAUUACAUCUGCUGUUUUUACAGAAACUGGUGGUAUAUCCUUUUUGGAUGCUCCAGGUGGAACAGGUAAAACGUACCUAAUUAAUCUUUUAUUAGCAAAAAUUAGACAAAGGAAUCUAAUUGCUCUUGCAGUAGCUUCCUCUGGCAUUGCUGCAGCUCUCUUGACGGGCGGAAGAACAGCUCAUUCAGUCUUCAAAUUACCAAUAAAUUUAUCGUUUGUUGAAAAUCCAGUUUGCAACAUCUCAAGAAGUUCAGAUAGAGCAAAAUUGCUUAAGAAGUGUAAAUUAAAUGUUUGGGAUGAAUGUACAAUGACACAUAAGUUGGCAUUGGAAGCUCUUAAUACAGCUAUGCAAGAUAUUUUUCAAAAUAACAAGUGCAUGGGUGAGACAAUGGGUAACAAUGAGAAUCUGGUUUUAUCUGGUAAUUUUCGCCAAACUUUGCCUAUUAUUCCACGAGGCACAAAAGCAGAUGAAAUGAAUGCAUCGAUUAAAGCAUCUUAUAUUUGGAAAAAUGUUCAAAGAUGUGGAUUGAAAACGAACAUGAGAUUUCUUCUUACAGGUGACAUUUCCACCGAGCAAUUAGCUCAGAACCUACUUCAUCUCGGUAAUGGAACUAUGACAAUUGAUAGUGAAGGAUUGAUAGCUUUGACAAAUAUUGGUAACAUAGUAGCAACAAUCGAAGAUCUUCAAGAUAGAAUAUUUCCAAAUAUCGAAAGUAAUUUUCGUGAUAUUAAUUGGCUAUGUGAAAGAUCUAUUCUUUCUCCAACGAAUGAGGGAGUUAAGACGAUAAAUUACUAUCUGUUUAGGAAAUUACCAGGUGAAAUUCAAAUAUUCAAAUCUUUUGACACCGUAAUUGAAAUAAAUCAGGCAGUUAAUUAUCCAACAUAAUUUUUGAAUUCUUUGGAACUAUCCGGUGUACCAACACACAAAUGAAAGAUUAGUGCACCUAUAAUGCUGUUGAGAAAUCUAGACCCACCAACUCUUUGUAAUGGAACAAGAUUAAUUGUGAAGAAAUUGAUGCCAAAUGUUAUUGAAGCAACCAUAUCUAACAGGCCAAAUCAGGUGGGAAGGAUGUCUUUAUCCCACGGAUUCCUCAUAUACCAUCAGAUGUCCCAUUCCAGUUUAAAAGAGUUCAAUUUCCAGUUAAACUGAAUUUUGGUAUGAGCAUUAACAAAUCUCAAGGCUAAUCUUUAAAUGUUGUUGGCUUAGAUUUACGAAAGCCUUGCUUUUCACACGGGCAACUAUAUGUUGGUUGCUCGAGAGUCAGUGAUAAUAAAAAUCUGCAUAUCCUUGCACCACAAGGAAAAAACUAAGAACAUUGUAUACAGGGAAAUAUUACAAGAAUAAAUAAAUUAAUUAAAUUUGAAUAUGACAAAGAAUAAGAAUAGUAGUAAGAAUUCUAAGAAUUCUUUUCAAAAGAACAAUAGUAUUUAAAGAUACUACGUCCUCUUGAAAUAUUUCAUUUAUACUUACUGGGUAGUGAAACCUACUCUUAGUUUUGUUUUUCUUUUUCACGCCUUAUUUAAAUCUGUUGGAUGUCUCAAGUGGGUGUAAUGUUGAGUAAUGUUACGAUAAAUUCUUAUUUUCUUUAUCUUAUUGUUUUCUGGAUUCGUCAAGUGCUAACUAUGAGACGAUAUGAACUUUAAACAUUCCCGGGAAGACAUUUUAUGUUAAAUAUUUUAAGAGCUGUUUGGACAAUGCUAUGUUGGGGCAAGCCCAUUUCCUGUUGGAUGGAAGUGGGAUCCCUUCUGGAUUCUUUUUAUCUCAUUAUUUCCUGGAUCCGGUUAAAACUAGGAAGGCAAGCUCAAACACAGUUUUUGAAUUUGGAACAAGUUGGUGUUGAUAUCCAUCCUGAUUCUUAUAAAGUUUUAGCUUCAAAUGAGCAAACAAGUGUUCCCCAUAUUUAUGCAAUUGGUGAUGUUUUG